GUUACUCAAAAAUUUUUAAGCGGACAAUUGUGAGUCAUCUCUGGAGAUUGGGAGGAGAGAGAAUAUACCUUUAUUCCCCUGCAACUCAACUAGGGUUUGUUGUUCACAAAAAUAUAAAUAUCAACCAUUGAACUCUCUCUCUCUCUCUCUCCCUCUCCCCUCUGCAUCCAUUCACUCUCCACAAAAUGGCUGUUGUUUUCUCAAAUCUACACACAGAGUCAGGUCUCAAGUCCCUUAAUGACUUCCUCUCUGGAAAGACCUACAUUUCUGGGGAUCAGUUCACAAAGGAUGACAUCAAAGUGUAUGCUGCUGUUUUGGAGAAGCCAGAUGGCACUUUUGCCAAUGUUGGAAAGUGGUACGAGGUUGUCUCUUCCCAUCUUGCUGCGAGCUUCGGUGGCAGUGCUCAAGGGGUAAGAUUCAGUGGCAAGGCUCCUGCUCCAGCUGAGGCUGCUCCUGCAAAACCGGAUGCUUCUGCUGCUGACGAUGAUGAUGACCUUGAUCUCUUUGGUGAUGAGACAGAGGAAGACAAAAAGGCAGCAGAGGAAAGGGAGGCUGCUAAAAAACCUGCCAAGAAGAAAGAGAGUGGCAAAUCUUCGGUUCUGCUUGAUGUUAAGCCGUGGGAUGAUGAGACAGACAUGAAGAAGCUAGAAGAGGCUGUUCGUAGCGUUGAGAUGCCUGGUCUAUUGUGGGGAGCAUCCAAACUGGUUCCUGUUGGUUAUGGGAUCAAGAAGUUGCAGAUCAUGUUAACCAUUGUUGAUGACCUUGUAUCCGUGGACUCCCUUAUUGAGGAGCAUCUGACGGUUGAGCCCUGCAACGAGCAUGUCCAAAGCUGUGACAUUGUUGCAUUCAACAAAAUUUAAGUGUUUCUUGUUGGACUUCAUGCGGCUGAUAGCUUGCGUUUCUUUGAUAAGUCUAAACAACGCCUUUUUCAUCAUUAAUGUCUAGUCUGUGUUUCAGUGGUGGUUUUUUCAUACUAGAAUUCUGAGAAGUAAAAGAAAUAUAUAUUUUGAAUAUAUAUCUUGUGGUAUUUCCUCCAAUGUUAUUCUUGAAAAAGUACUAGGUGUGUAGGAUUAACGUUAAUUAGUGAGGGGUUUCAGUUUAAUUGUAUAUACGACCUUUUGUUACUUGCUUACAUUGGAGGUGCUAGCACUGGAAAAGGUGAAUUGGUGAUGAAUCAAGUCUAGCAUAUCUGCACACUCAACUCAAGUCUUGCUGAAGACAACGUCUAAAAUAAAAUGGGUCAGUGCCCUUCCUCUUUUUCUCUUUACCUAGGUGGUCAAAAUAGUAGACCAAAACCAAACACCCCUUUACAAAGAAGAGUGUGUUUGGUGAACAUGAUAAGAUAUAAGAGUUGGACAAGAAUAUAAUUCGAUAAGAGCAGGAUAGUUUUUUUCUCUUAUUUUACAGAGCGUCAUUUUUUUUCUGUUUGUUUUAAACUUAUGUCUUUUCAUAGGAUAAAAUUUACAUUAGAAUGAAGACUAAGACAAGGUCAUAGGAUAUAUUUAUUAUAUUUUGAUGGUUGAAUUAAACAUCAAAUAGAAUUGGAUGAGGCUGCAGCAUAGACUUGUGUUGUACCAAAUGAGUUUGAAGACAAUUAUUAAUUUUGAAUAUUUUU